AAUCACAGUGAUAGUCCAAAUAAAGAUUUUAAAGUCAACCCACAGUAUAUUAACAGAAACCCAAGAUGUUUAGAACAAGCGGGAAUUGCUCCUAAACCACUAGGAUGGCAACUACAGAAUCCCAGUAGAACUUAUCAUCACAAGAUAAAGUUUGAUAUCUCUGCGAGAAAUAUAAUUGCUGAAAUCAUACAUAAUUCUGGCAAGGUAGUAGUCUCUGCAUCUACUAAAGAAAAGGCUAUCAAAGCACAUUUACACAGUUGUAAUGAUAAAUCAGCAGCUCUGAAUUUAGGACGAAUAUUAGCUCAUCGUUGUUUACAGGCUGGUAUAACACGAGUCAAAUAUCAAUUUCAAAUUGCUGAUCGACAGUCAGAAAGAAUGGAAGUGUUCCUAUCAGCUUUAAGAAGUAAUAAACUGAUAAUAAGUGAGAAAAACACCUUCAAACCUCACUAUAUACCUGGAAUAGACUAUGAAAGACCCAAUAGAUAU